UACUUUAAUAUAGUGGCAAUUCUACAUGCGCAUUUUUUGCACCGCAGAAGAUUGUCCCUCGGUACAGACCGUACGUUUACAAUGCUAUGAAACGUUAGCAUAGGAAACAACCGCAGCUAUCAGGUUUUGAGCAUUAACAUUUCCAUCGACUGCUGAUUUCUCUGCACCUGUCAACAUGGUCAACGUACACAAAGGUGUCCUUGUUGAAUGUGAUCCUGCCAUGAAACAGUUUCUCCUCUACCUUGAUGAAAAAAUGGCCCUGGGAAAGAAGUUUAUCCUCAAGGACCUUGACGACACGCAUGUCUUCAUCCUGGAAGAGGUGGUCAAGACCCUCCAGGAGAGAGUCGGCGAGUUAAUGGACCAGAAUUCAUUCACCGUCACACAGAAAUAACUCUCAACUUUUUCAAAGAAGUCUUUCUUCUUGGACUUGUGGCUGUUUAAGAUUUUCUAUAAAUUAAUGUGGUUUGCAAUGUUUUAACUGCAGACUGAAAUGGAGCAAUUGCUCUUUUUUUGUUACAAUAAUGUGAGUAAAAAACCUAAGUAAAAGAUGUUUUACUGUGUUAGCCUAAUGUGUGCUAGUUUGUUUCUUUAUCUUAGUUAAAAUUGAUGAUUUGAGUUGCCAGUUUUACAUCUGCCUGUGAUGAAAGCAGUGAUUUGUCAGAGAAUCAAAAUAAAGAGCUAUAUUGAGAAAAGGCU